GAAGCUGCCGAUCCCGUGGGGCCCGCUGCUGCGCACGCCGGGGCUGUGGGCCUGCGCCUCCAUGCACCUGGGCAUCGGCUGGGCCUUCUUCACGCUGCUCACCUGCCUGCCCACCUACAUGGCCAACAUCCUGCACUUCGACAUCAAGAGUGUGGCGCUCGUGGGCUGCGACACGCCCGCCAUCCUCGUGCUGCUCGCGCUCAACGGCCUCUUCCUCGGCGCCCAGUACACGGGCAACUCCAUCAACCUGCUGCUGCUCGCGCCCAACUUCUCCGGCACCAUGCUCGGCAUCUCCAACACGUUCGCCAACGGCGCCGGCAUCCUCGCGCCCUACGCCGUGGGCUUCCUCACCAACGACAACCAAACUGUCGCUGCCUGGAACACUGUCUUCUACAUUAGUGCUGGCAUUGGGGUUGUGACUUACAUCAUUUAUCUUAUUUUGUGUCAAGGAGAAGUUCAACCAUGGAAUGACCCACUAAAUUCAGAUGAUAUGUUUGAUGGUGAAAUGAAGAAAACGCUCCAUGCUACAUCAGCAGGCAUAGAAAAUCCUGCUUACACUCCAUGAUCUCAUAACAGCUCUCACAAAUUAAUUCCUUGACUGUGAUAUGUUCUAAUGCAGCAAAGAGUAAAGUGU